UCAACUACAAGCGACUGAGCGAGCGUUUCGAGCUUUGAGAAGGAACUCGAGGAAGUACCCAACGGUAAUAGGAAAAAGUUAGAUGGGGUUUGGCAUCCUUUGUUCAUCGUGCUCCAACGUCAAGGAAAGCUAGUUUUUCUUUGGACUGUCUCGUCUCCAUCAGCAGUAGUAGUAAACUAGCUUCGGUGCGGAUUCGAUCGUUCGAAUUGCUUGAUUUUUCUCUCCUAUCGAUCUUGACCUUAGUGAGAGGCCCUGCAUGUGGCAAAGAGGAAUUUCAUGUUGUGCCAGUUUGGUGUUUGAGAUCAGGAGGAGGACAUAAAGGUAUACUUAUUUUGUACGUCAAGGAAAGUUACAAGAUGGAGAAUAUGCAAUAUGCAGAGGAGCUUAUCAGGGAGUUUCUUGUGUUUAGAGGGUUUACAAAUACUUUACAAGCGUUUGAGAUGGAAUUAGGGACUGAUAUUGGUAAAUCGUUCCAGGUGGAUAAGAUAUUGGACUUGAUAUUCUCAGUUUAUAUCCCUAAAUUUCAUGCGGAAAAAUUAGUUGGUCUUCUAAGUUUCUUCAAGCAGUGCUUUUCUUCAUCAACUGAGAUUGCACUUAUUGCUACUCUAUUGAAAUUGGAGGUCUCUAUCCUGCGGUACUAUGUAGUUUAUGCCUUGCAGUCAGGAAGGAAAGACAAAGUUGUAGAGUUUUUCGGAAUGAACGGGAAUGAUUUGCUGCAAAGGAGCACAGAAUGGACUCCAUGGUUUGCAAUACCUUAUUUAAAGAAUCCAAGCUUGGAUCCUCAAUUUCGCAUUUAUUUCUCAAAGGAAUGGCAUGAAGCUUUGUGUCUUUCAGCGAGGAAUUUUUUCAGUGAGAUCUUCAAUGGUACUCGAAUCCCUGCCCUCUUGAAGAUCAGUUCAGAGAAGAAAACAGUCAACUGUCUUAAAAAAGAUGCUGAGCAACUUAAUCAAAAGUUAUCACAACUUCAGACUUUAUUGGAGGAAAAAGAAGCUCAAUUAUGCCAGAUGAGGAUGAAGACCAGUAGUGCUGCAUCAGUAAUGGAUACAAGAUUAUUAAAAAGUAAGAAUUCAAUGUCAUCAAAUGGACUGCGCAAAGAAGAUCUUCAUUUGACCAGUAUUCAACAAGAUUGCUCUCCUGCUACCCCAAAUUUGGGUGGAAUAAAGUUGGAUCCUGAACAGGCUUAUGGUGGACAAUUCGAAACUAUAUCUGGAUCCAUUAUCUCUGAGUCUGCUCAUGACUCUAUGUCACUUUCUACUCUCUAUGUUGAAGGUGGUGUUUCUGCUGGUAACACUCAAGUGCUUCAAGAAGACUCUUGUGAUGAGAAUGGCAGAGACAUGCCGGGGGAAGCAUUUCCUGAAGUGAAAGUAAAUUUCCAGGAGACAUUUUUAGGUCACACAAGUUCAAUCAGUCGAUGCCGCUUCUCAGCAUCUGGUAACAAUAUAGCCAGCGCUUCCAUUGAUGGCACAGUCAGAAUAUGGACAUAUGAACCAUCAACUCCAGCAUCUAGAAAUGCAACAAUAUAUUGUGGGGCAGAGAUUAUGUCACUUGACUGGGACUUGAAAUCUGAUCGCUUGCUACUUAUUGGUACUGCUGAUGGAGGCAUCAAAGCAUGGAAUGUUGAUGCCAAAAGGGUUGUAUGCGAUCUCAACACUGGUGAAGCUUUUCCAAGUGUCUUGGAUAUCAAGUGCAGCCCUGUUGAACCUAUUUUUGUUUCUGCAGCUGCUUCUAGAAGGAAUGGCUCAAGCUACAUUGACUCUUUGGGAUUUGCAUCAUUGACUGUAUGGAAUAUGAAGACUUGGAAAGCCAUGACGGUUCUUCCUCUUGGUGAAGAUCCACCAGCAAUUACCUCCCUCUGCUUCAAUCACAAUGGAAAGAUUUUGGCGGCCUCUGCAACUGAUGGAAUGAUCCACAUGUUUGACAUGUCUGCGGGCCUACAAAUUACUGGCUGGCCUGCACAUGAUUCUGCUAUAAGCUCGAUUCUUUUCGGGACUGAUGAAACAAGCAUUUUCAGUUUGGGGUUAGAUGGGAAGGUAUUUGAAUGGAGCUUGCAAAAUCCAGGUCAGGUCCUUUGGUCAAGAGACUGUCAGAGAUUUUUUGACCCCAAGGCCUCAAGACAUUGUAGACAUGAAAUGGCUUUGGAUGCUCAUGGUAGAAGAUUAUUGGUAACAUCUAGUUCAGUCAAAGCACCAAUAUAUCAGGUUCGAGGGCCCUUGGAGGGAAUGAAAACGCUUGCACAUAAUGCAGCCAUAACGACUGUGGAUUGGCACCCGACAUUGCCUAUUUUCUUGACAGGCUCCGCUGAUCACUCUGUUCGAGUAAGUUCUAUACCUUAAAGAUGUACUUUCUAAUGCGUUUCUUUCUAAAUUUUUUUAGUGGUCCGAAAGAGAUGUUUCACUGUUUCGGGUUGUAAGGUGUGUAUAUCAGCAUAUAUGUUUCAGAAGGUUAGAUUUAGAAGAGUUAUGUUGUAAUUCAUUGACUUCAUUGUAUUACUACUUAGCAAUCAUCUUUCAUUGUAAUGCCGUCUUUAUGCUGUAUAAGAGUUUGUGGUAAUACAGGAGAAGACUGUUGGAUAAUUUUUAGAUUCAAAGUCUACACUCUACAUCUGCCUGGAAA